GUAGCCUCCCUUGUGUAAGAAACAGACCAGUUGUGUGUAUCACCUCUAGUUGUGUUACAAAAAGUGUGUACACUGAACAUUUUAUUCUUCAUUCUGAGUGUAGUCUCUCAAAACACCAUGGACAAGCAAGAUGAAGGAAAGGUCAAGGCCAUUGAGCAGGAUGUCUCUCAACACCAAGACAGUAAUCAACUUGAGCAACUUGCAUAUGACAACCCUUUGUACUCUGAAGUAAUGGAAAAGACUGAGAAAACAAUUACUCAACUCGAGCACAGAACUAAGAUUAGAACUGAGAACUUUGCUAAAGAUGACAUUACUGAGCCAAGUCAAACCCAACAUAAAGCUAAAAACGUUCCAUCUUCUACACAACCAGCUCAUGACACUGAAAAUGAACAAAGUGGCAGCACUAAACCAGAUAGUAUUGAAGAUGAUGGUAAUAUAAGAGAGGAGACUCGCCCUCACCCUGAGCAAGAAAAGCCUAUAGAAUAUGAAAAAUAUGGUGCAAGGCCUAAAGUAUACUCACAGGUAAAAAAUCCUAGCCAACCAAAUCCAAAGGAUAGCACAAAAAGAGCUCAACAAAAUGAUGCCCUUCCAUCUACAGCUCCACAAACUAGAACCCAAAGAGCUGCCUUAUCUCGCAUUGCACCAGAGGUAGUGCUAGAAACUAGAACCCAGAGAGCUGCCCCAUCUCGCAUUGAACCAGAGGUAGUGCUACAAACAAAACCUAAACCUUCCAAAAAGAAAAAGACCAAAGCCAAAUAUCUAUUCCCUUACAUGUCUUUGCCACCAAUAUCUGGAGGAUCCCCUCCCAAUGUUACUGGAAAGGAUAAAAAGCGUGUCAAAAAAUUAAGUGAAAGUGAAGAUAAACCAAAAGUUGGCACUAAAAAGUCGGUUGAAAAAAAUCCUUUUAAAAGUUUAAAUGUUGAUAAUUCAGAAACUGACUCAACAGUGUGUGAAGAGACCACUUCACCCACAUUUUUGUCUAGAAUCUUCAAUCGUAAUAGGUCUCAAUUCUCAACUACUAAGCACAAAAAGAAAGAUAAAGUGAAAAAAGGAAGCAGUUUGACCACAGCAGAUUCAACCAGAGAUACAACUACUGCAUCCAUUGAAACUCAGUAUCAACAAACAGAGCAUUCAGGAUUAUUACAAUUCUUCAGAAACACUUUGACCACAGUUUUUAGACAUAAGCCAGAAUUUAACACAGCCUGUGAUAGAAGGGGUUAUGUAAAUGAAGAGUUAAGACAUUUUGAAAUAAAUCCUGUUGGUUUAGCUAGUGGUAUCAGAAGACGUCUGCUGGUUGAGACUUUGUGGAAAAUUAUUGCUCCUCUGGACAUUGAAGUUAGUAUAGAGUCAGAGCGUGACUUCAGAGAUCACAUGACUGAGUGCCCAAACAUAAAAAAGCAUAACGUAAGCAUGUUGAUACAGAGCUUCACACUGAAAGAACUGCCAAGGCGUUACAAGGUAGAACAAUUUAUAGAGUUUUUAAAACGAUUUUCUGAUACAGUUGCACAAGUGAUAACUACUGAAGUUAGUGUAGACAGGGAAGAGGGAAAUCCAAUGUCUGCUCUUGUGGGUGAGCAUUUUCUACGUGCUGGCAGUGGUUACAUCAUGGACAGAAAAAUAUCACUUUUUCCCAAUUUAUCCAAAGGACCAUGUCCAUGCCCUGAAUGUAAAAACUCAGGAAGAGGUAAAGAAACCUGGGCACUUUUCGAACUGAGUACAAGCAAGACAUUUAUACAUGAUGAUUAUGAAGCUGAAAGAGCAGUCAUCAAACUCUUCUACAAUGGCAUAGACUGCCAUGUUAGUCUUCUUUAUGGCUUGGGCCUUUCUGCUCAUCAGAUUCCUGGUGACAGUACUAUCAUCAAUUGUUGUACACAUGAUGAGCAUGCCAUCUCUGUGCUUCAAAAAAUUCUUCCUGGUCAACAAAAGAUGUAUGAAUCAAUGCAGACUAUAUUUCAAUAUGAAGAAUCCCUCCUAGUGAUGAUAUCCCAGCCUCAUGGGUUAGAGAAAAAGAUUGCCAUCACCCAAACAAUAGAAAAGAUAGCUGUUCAGGGGAAAGACAAUGAUAUCUCUCUGUCUAGAUACACUUACAAGAUACCAACUUGUAGAGGUACAUGUGGUGCACCUAUUUUAAUUUUUGGUCAGACUGCCAACAUUAUCAAGGGUAUACAUAACCAUAUGGAUUCUACUUUUGGGCAUCAAGUAGGUCAUAGUGUAGCUGCACGUGAAUUAGACAAAAACAUGAAGUUGAUGAGCAAAGUUGACAAAAGGCUUAGACAAAAGACAAAUGAUCAGAAGCCAGUCAAUGUUGAUUAUCAAAGUCCUACUGGUAGCCAGAGUGAAACUACUGCCCAGCACGGUACUACAAGUGGCCAUGGUGAAACUGAUGACUGGGAGGGUACUACAGAAAGUACUAAGAAAAUGUUGUAAAUAUACACUGCCAUUACAUAGGAAUAUGAAGACCAGAUACAAAAUGACUAAAGUUUAAAUAAUACAAAACUUGUAGUAUAAAACACCCAAGAGGGAAUUAACUAUGUAGAUCUGCACACAUGUUAAGGUACUGAUAAAGUGAAAUUGUAACGUAUUGUGUUCGAGAGGUUUUUUCAACUGCAAAAAUAGAAUCAGAAACUAUAUGAAACAAUUUAAUGAGAAGGAAUGGUUGCAAGGUUACACUACUGAGAUUUAAGUAUUCAGAUUAUAUUGAUGGAAUUUUGAUGUUAAUUUUUACUAUUGUUAAACUGCAACAGCUAUUAUUUUAACAUUUGUAAUUAAUUCUGCUGUUUUAUUGUAACAACUUUUAACUAUGAUUUUGUAAAAUGCUCUUAUAAAGAUUUAAUUUUAGAACUUUUUGUUUAAUGUUUAAAGUUAUGCCAUAAGUUU